AAGGUUUCAUCAACGGUUUUAUUGGUAUCGAUAAAGUACCCUUUGAAUCGAAGUAUCUAACAAUCGAGAAGUUUUUGUAGUUACAACAGAGAAAAAGACAUUGCACUUCCAAUAUACCAUCGUCUUAGUUUUCCCAUAAUGAAAGCUAGCCCCUCUGAAGGAGACGCUAAGCUGAAGAGGCAAAGUAAUUUAAAUUCUGUCAGGAUUUAGGUGAUGGAUUAGACCGUUAGGCUAUGUGAUAUUGCUCGAAUAAAGCCUCUCACAAAUGUAAUAAGCUUUUUCCAUAUUGGUGGAUCACAGAUAGUUCAAGACCUGGCCCUUAAAGGCGAUGUUUUUGUAAGAUCAGGAACUUUGCCAGUUUUGGGACGCACCUAUAGCGAAGCAGUUCUUGGGAAAAUGUUCAUAUUCUAACCAGUCAAGAUGUCUUCCAAACGAAGCAUGAGCUCCGUGGUUCAUUGCUUAACUCGCAUACGGAAAAUGAGAGCACGGAAUAACCUAGAAGUACCGAGGGAACAGCUAAACGCGAUUCUCUACCCAAUGUACAUGGUCACCUCUUUUAUAGGACACAAAAACAAGCGACAUCCGUGGUUUGGUCGCUUUGGCCUUGUUUUAUGGAUAACGAGUCUCUGUGUUCACUUUGCGUUGGAUUUCUACGAGGCAAAACACAUAUUCGGAACGGCAUGGGCAACAGCUAUAGGGGUCUUUUUUGUUUCGUUUACAUCAGGAACUUAUAUAAUCAUCAAAGAUUUGAUUCCAUGGAUUGAAGACGGACUCGAGAUACUCUACGUUGAUGGGAACUUUACAGAAACGCUGGAGAAAGUCAAGCGAGUUGCUAAGGUGCAGAAGGCUGUUUCACGCUUUUGGAGAAGAUUAUAACUGCGGUUUGAGGGAGGGGACACCGUAUGUCUAAACAAGACGAAAAAUAAAACACGUUAAGUGUUUGUGGCAAGCAAGGUUCUUUGAUCCCCCAGCCCCUCCCCUCCCUAUCGAAAUUUUCCAUUUGUCACGGCAUAUAUAAGUUGACUCAAUAUUUCAUUAAUACCUAGCCUUUCGUUCAAGCUUAUCCCGUUUUGUGUUUUGUAAGCGUAUACGCGUUUUGUGAAUGACUAGGACAAGUCUACUGAUCACUGAGGGAUUUCCUCCCAGAGUUUUUUUUUUACGUUAGUGCACUCAUCAUCUGCACAUAGCGCCGAUUGCAAUACAACGUCUGCUUUUAAUUUUCCAUACCAUGGCCUUUAGCAAAUCGUGCUAAAUUCCCUUUCAGUUGUUUUCUGAAAAUCUAAUUUGUGCUCUACACCCGCUCUAUUAUUUCAAAACCAAACAAAAACGCCUAAAGUGCAACAAAACAUCGAAAGCAAUUUUCCCAUUCUUAAUUCAAAAUUUUUAAACGAUACGCGUUCAAUUUAAAAUAGCGCUUUGGGAGGGCAAUUUACUUUGCAAUGGUUCGCGUUGUUAUCAACAUAAAAAUGGCUUUCACUGAGUGGUCGAGUGAGUCUGUUUUUAUCGGGUUUUUAUUCGCUGCGGUUUUAUCGCUCAAGAUAGCCCAGAUCGGGUGAUGAAUUUGUCAUGUAUUUAGACGCUCAGCGUUCCAGGUGUUCUCGGAUCCGAGCGUUUUGCACAGAGAUAAAUUUCGAUUGAACGAAUGAUAAGCUCCGAAUAACCAUAUAAUUGACUCUGUGCGUUAAAACCAAUGAGCAUACAAAGCACUGCAGAGACACUGCGAAUUUACCAAUUACAGAGACCCCAAAAAUGUAAAGGUAAACAUUUCAGUAGGGGGUAUGGAAUAAUCAGUAUGCUGAAUUCCUGAGUCCGCGAGCGACCAUUUCCUGAGUGCUUGUGUCAGCAACCAAAGAGGAUUUCUCCAGGCAUUUCACCUCGACAGCUGUCGAGUUCGAUCAAAGAUUUUAACAAUUUGUCUGGAAUCCUCCAAGCUUUAGAUUAUUAUAAAUUCAUAUAAUUCAAAGCCUGAGGAAGCAGUGGGAGCAAGACUGAGUAUUGAACGUCGUAGACGGAAUUCAAAAUUUCUUUCAUUCACAAUUCACUUGGCGGCGUCUGGCUACUGGGAAAUGCAUUCCGAGUGGAGAUAUGACGAGAUGGCUUUAUUCUUAUGGCAAAUUCGCCGUUAGAGUUGCUGAUUUUGAAAGCUGGAAGGCAGGAUUUUGAGAUAUGGGUAAAUUCAAGUGGAAGGAACUCCAGUUAGUGUUUACCAUGAGAUCUAUUCUAAGCGUGUUUCUUGUGUUGGAGUUUGUGAGCUUCGUGAAAGGAUCUGUGAGAAAAGUGGAAGUAUUCGAGGGCACUGAGCCAGGAACUGUCCUGUUGACACUUGAUCGUAUUCCCGGGUUUGAAUACGUGCUUCAGGACUCGUCUCGAGAUAGCUACAGCUUGUUUCACAUCACCCCCGACGGCACGCUUACUACAAAAGCAACACUAGACCACGAAGACAAGCGAGGGAAUGUGUUUAACCUAGUUAUUGUGCGCAGAGAACUUAGUCGGCGUGAAGGAGGAAGUGUGAUCAUUGUGUCUGUGAUCGUUCUUGAUCGGAACGACCACGCGCCGAAAUUCCCUAAAGAUCUGUAUAAUGCGUACGUUGCGGAGAACAAACCAGCAGGGACUUUUGUAUUAGGACUAGAGGAUGUUUACGCUGGUGAUUUGGACUCUGGCGUGAAUGCGGCUUACACUUACACUAUUGUAGAAGGGAAUAAAGAGGGGCUUUUCGCUGUUGACGUGAAUGAAUUAGGCGGCGUUCAAUUCUUACGGUUAAGAACAACCGCCGCGAUCGAUAGAGAGAAAACCGCUUUCUUUGUGCUCACCGUUCAGGUAACUGACCAUGGAAAGCCCCGAAUGUCUAGCACCACGCAAGUAAGGAUUAAUAUCUUGGACGAGAAUGAUUGCGCGCCUGUUUUUGACCCGCAAAUUUACGAAAUAAGUGUGAACGAAAACGCAGCUAUCGGAUCCUCAGUUGUUCACGUGAAAGCGGUGGAUGCGGACGCUGGAUCAAACGCCGAUGUGUAUUAUUUUUUCACACACGAUCAUGAUUUCUUUAUGAUCAAUUCACACACGGGCGUUGUUAGUGUCACCAGCCAUAUCAAUUUCGAGAAAGGUAAUUAUUUCGAGAUCAGGGUGGCUGCGGUCGAUCGCGGAAGGAAUCCGCACAAUGCGUCAACCCUCGUCAAGAUCAGGCUUCUUGAGGUGGACGGGUUCCCUCCCCCGCCACGAAUACACACCUCCCCUCCCAUGUUUCAACUCUCUGAAUACUACGUCAAGAUCAGAGAGGACCUUCCAGUCAAUUCAGCAUUCCUGCACCUAAGAAUCCAAGGAGAUGUCGAGGAUAAUCAUGCGCGCGUUACUUACGAGUUAAGCCCUAUUGCUCUGCGGGACGUCUUUGCUAUUAAUCCUAAAAGCGGUGUAAUAACCCUACGUAAACCCCUCGAUUACGAAACGCGGAAGACAUACUCGGUUAAGGUCAUUGCUCUGGAUAACCGCCACCCAACGUUUUUCGCCGAGACGGAAAUAACCAUAGAAGUAACAGACGUGGAUGAGAAUUACUUUGCGCCGGAAUUUGAGAGCUUCACCGUCCUUGGGCAUCUCCCGCAAGACGCGGAUGCGCGUACGUUAAUCGCUACCGUAUCCGCUACAGACGGCGAUAGCGGAAGCGAAGGCGAAGUGCGUUACCAUAUCGUCGGCGGCAGUGGCGCAGGGCUCUUCGCCUUGCACGAAACCGGCGGCGUAAUUACGCCUUAUGGUAGCCUUAACCGUGACCACAAACGCUACGAUUUGUACAUCGAAGCGCGGGAUAACGCAAAGAACCCGCGAACCGCGAGGCUAUAUGCGCUGAUUCUUGCCGACGCUAAAAACGAAAAGAGGCCUUUUUUCUUCGCUCCGACACAGAUUGCAGAAGUACGUGAGAAUAGUGAAGAGUCAGAGACAUUCGUGACUGUGGUUCGCGCAGAAUUCAAAGGAAAAGAUAGCAAACAGAUGCGGUACUCCAUCUCUGCAGGGAAUGAGGAGGGCAAGUUUACCAUUAGUCCUGAGACAGGCGUGAUAUCGACAACGUCACGUCUGGACCGUGAGCGUGUAGACCGCUAUGCCCUAGAAGUGCGGGCUCGUGUAAAUGGCGCUCCCCAGUCCAUGAGUUCGCCCGCCCAAGUGGUUGUCAUGGUGACAGAUAUGAAUGACAACCGUCCAGUGUUUGCCAACACAAACCAUACGGUUUACAUCAGAGAAAACCAGGGCAACAUCCCCAACCUUCUAUGUCUUAUUACCUCGGACAAAGACAUUGGCCUAAACUCGGAUAUCACCUACACAAUUGAGUCCGGAAACGACGACGGCUUGUUUGCCAUCCACCCGACACUCGGGAUUCUGUCGGUAAGGAGAUCAUUAGACUUCGAGAAGACCUCGGUGCACGAGUUGACGAUACGAGCAAACGAUCACGGUACCCCGAGCUUGAACAGUACUGCGCAUGUGUGGAUCAUGGUGCAAGACGCGAAUGAUCCACCUGUCUUUCUACAAGAUACGUAUGAAGUGAACGUGCCUGACAGUUCCAAAAUCAGGACAAUUAUUGCGGUUCUCGAAAUAACUGAUGAGGACGCUCGCCACAAAUUUGGUGGAGAUAACCCGGUCAGUGUAGAGGAGGAUGCCGAGCCGGGCCGAACCCUGACGAUUAUAAACUCGACAGACGAGGAUGCGGGUAAGAGCGGCCAGUUCGUCUGCACGAUAGACGACGUGGAUGCAGACGUGAUGGACAUGUUCAGCUUUCACACCGUGAGGCAGGGCUGCGCACUAAUCCUAUACAAUCACCUCGAGUACUCAAGGCGAAGCCAGUACACAUUCAAGGUACGCGCGUCUGAUCAAGCCGAUGCUGUCCAACAACUAUCAACGACUGCUAAUGUCAUCGUACGUGUCCUAGACGGCAACAACAACGAUCCGAUCUUCCAGCAGACUUCCUACUGGGUCGCCCUUCCAGAAGGUUCACCAAUCGGCACUGAGCUUCUACGGGUUACCGCUGAAGACUUAGACAGUGGCUCAAACGCUGACGUCAAGUACCAGUCCUCUAAUGAUAUUUUUGCGGUCGAUGAAACCACAGGGACCAUUACCCUUCAGUACCAAGCUUCCAGGAACAAGAAGUACUCCUUCACUGUAACGGCUUUUGACCAAGGCAAACCAAGUCGAUCUUCUGUGGCAACAGUAUAUGUGUCGGUUCACAGCUUUUCAGAUUCGCCGCCCGUGUUUCGAAAGUCGACCUAUGAGAAGCGAAUCCCGGAGAAUUUUGCUCUUAAGCGCGGGAUCGUGCGGGUAGAGGCGCUAGCGAAUGGCGGAGGUGCUGGCGGAGAGUUAAGGUAUUACCUGGUGGGUGGUGACCCCCAGAGUCAGUUCAAUGUGGACCGUCUCACGGGCGAGCUAAGCCUCAAGAAGCCUCUAGACUAUGAGAAAGUGGCAAGCUAUCGUUUGCGCAUCCGCGCGGUGCAAAAGACAUGGCGGCCGAAUAUGCCGGAGCUGCCGGCAGAGGCCACAGUGCUGAUCACGGUGACGGACAUCAAUGAUAACGCGCCACGUUUCGCCAUCCCACGCGAGCCGCUCGUGACAUCCAUCCACCAGUUUCGGCCGGCAGGUACUACGGUUACCAAGGUAACCGCGUAUGACCAGGACUCAGGUAGCCACGCCCUCGUGAAGUACGGACUCGAGAACGCGGACUCAUUUCCAUUCACCAUCACCCCCCAGACGGGCGUGAUCAAGACCACUGCAGAGCUGAGGCAUUCUGAGAGGGAUUUCUAUGCUUUUGUUGUCACGGCCACAGACUCGACCCCGCCCUUUCAUAAGGUCACUGCAAAUGUUAAUGUGCACGUGACAGAUGCAAGUCCACCGCCUGUAUUUACCAAGGGUGAAUAUUCCACCAUGGUGUCCGAAAACAUGGCCGUAGGGACUUCCAUCCUACGCCUACGAGCAGACUACCACGGCAGCAACACCCUGAAAUACAGCCUGGCCACCGGAAACCACAACGACACCUUUUGUAUUGAUGUGCAGGGUAACGUCACCCUACGGCGUCGACUUGACCGAGAGGAGAUCCCGAAGUACAUCCUGGGCGUUACCGUGGGGGAGAAAAAUUUCACCUCAGCGGGACCAGAGCUGAAGAUACAGCUUGGCGACGUUAAUGAUAACCCGCCCUUGUUUGCGCAGCCUGUCUAUAAGGUCUUCGUCAGGGAAAAUCUGCCAGGUGGACACGUGAUUGGCCAGUUCGCAGCACGUGACCCCGAUAAGGGCGCAAAUGCAAGAGUGACCUACAGCAUUAUCAAUUUCGAGGAUAGCCGGUCGGAUAACCUGUUUAGUAUUCAUCCGUUCACUGGAGUUCUCACUGCGCUGUCGACGUUGGAUCGCGAAGACCUCAGCCGCCAUAUCCUCACUAUUCAAGCCAAAGACACAGGAGUCCCGCGGAUGUCAGGACUUGCGCAGAUUGUCAUCAUAGUAGAUGACGUCAACGACCAUGCACCGCGCUUCUCAUCCGGGAGUUUCCAUGUGGAAAUACCUCUGAAUACGCCACCAGACUCGAGAGUGUUCCAGGCGAGAGCACUAGACCCUGAUGGAGGUCACAAUGGUCUUGUUCGGUAUAGCAUUAUCCAAGGCAACAAACAGGGAUACUUCAGCAUCAAUCAUAUUGAUGGCUCGCUCUUCCUUGAUAAGAAGUUGACGACACUUGAGCCUAUUGACAUAAAGAUCCAAGCACGUGACAUGGGUCAACCGGAGCGCAGCUCUACGGCCGAUAUACGAAUAUUCAUCCACGUGCAAGCCGGUCCGCCCCAGUUUCUCUCGUCCCCAUUUGUCGGCAAUGUGACUGAGAACGAGCCGAAAGGGGCCUUUGUUGUCCAGAUUUCCGCGGCCAGUCUCGAUCCCGUGAUGUACUCCAUUGUGUCUGGAAACGAGGCUGGUAACUUUAGACUACAUCCGGGUGUUGGCUGGUUAACAACGGUGAGACCGCUGGACAACGAGAAGCAGUCUCGUUAUAAGAUAAUUGUCAUGGCAAUGGACCUGAAAAAUCGUAUCAGCAAAGUGGAGGUUAUUGUAAACGUGUUGAAUGUCAACGACAACAAGCCCAAGUUUGUGAAUAUUCGGAAUGGGAUCAUCGAAGGGAACGUUUUGAAGGAUGUUGCGGUUGGGAGCCGUGUUAUGGUGAUUGAUGCAGUCGAUGCGGACCGAAGUGAUAUUCUUAGCUACCGUAUUGAAGACGAGAAAGCACGGCGCUACUUUAGCGUUAAUAACGAGGGUGUGGUUACAAGUACUCGUGUCCUCAGAGAUCUGGACUCGCCUUACUUGUUCAAAGUCAGCGUUAGUGAUAACGGAAAACCACCGAUGGUAGCUCAAGCGAUGGCGAGAGUCGUAUUACUGAAAUACCAGCCACAGCAGGACCAGCAGCGAACGAGUAUUCAAGAAAGCGCCGCACUCGGCACCCGAGUUUUUACACUGCUGACCGCUAAGCCAAUCAGAAACGCUCGCUACUCCAUCGUGUCUCCAUUGGAAACAAAAUUCCGAGUCGAUCCAUAUUCGGGUGAUGUUAGAGUUAGAUCGGGUUUAGAUUACGAGACUGUUAAGACGCAUCGAUUCACGGCCGAAGCGAGGAACACUCGGGAUAACACCGAUUACGCAAAUAUAGACGUCAUCAUAACUGUGGAAGACUCCAACGACAAUCGUCCUCGUUUCACGAUGAACAAAACCAAUGGGUUAUACUUGGCAUACGUCAGUGUGAACCCUAUCGCUGACACGAGGGUCUUCACGCUCGAAGCCACAGAUCCUGACUCUGAUUUGAAUGGCAUUGUGCGCUAUCGUCUGAUCACAAACCCGGGCUCACACUUUGCACUGAAUGCGGUUACCGGAAGUAUUACGACUCGUGGGCGAUCGGAUCUUUUUUUACCGUGGUACAACCUGACUGUGGAGGCGUUCGAUCUCGGAAAGCCUUCGCUAGUCACUCGUGCCGUCGUGAAUGUUCGUACGGGACAGUUCCCACCCUUGUUCAGCCGGAAGGAGUAUGUAUUUUACGUGGAUGAGAAUACUCCUCGUGGCUACACUAUUGGAACAGUAGACGCGAAGAGCUUCUCUGGAUCGCUUUUAGAAUAUAUGGUCAUCGAAGGACGUGGCCACAAGCGCUUUGUCCUUGAUUCAGUCACAGGUCGCCUAACUCUUCCUGAACCACUAGACUUUGAGCGAGACUCAAAUAUCUACCUCAUCACCGUCAGCGCUAAAGAGACGGACAAUUCACUUCUCCGUCCACUGAAGUCCGAAGCCGACGUCAAAAUUGUACUACGAGACCUGAACGACAACCCACCGGAGUUUUUCGAACUGAGCUACCGUGAUACCCUGCCUGAGAGCGCUCCUGUUGGGACAACUGUGUUAUCGGUGACCGCGCGGGACCUGGACUCAGGUGUGAACGGCCAGUUUCAUUAUUUUGUGGAAAGCCAAUUCUUCUCUGUUGAUCCCUACACUGGGUGGAUUACCACAAAACGGCCACUGGACUUUGAGACGAACCCGACGCACUCCUUCCUAGUGGUGGCGCAAGAUAGCGGGAAUCCCGCGCGUAACGGGACCGCGCGAGUCAUAGUAGAACUGACGAAUGUGAAUGAUAAUGCACCGCGUUUCUCGCAGAGUUUAUAUAACGUGUUCGUUGCUGAAGACGCUGGAUCAGACCAAUUGGUCGCCACAGUUCAAGCGACGGAUAAAGACAAUGAUCCAGUCACGUAUAGCAUCGCAUCUGGCGACAACACAACGAACUUUGUCAUCAAUAACAAGACAGGAGUUAUCAAACUCGUGAGCAACAGAAAGCCCGAGCUGAUAGGGCCCUAUUACACGAUGAAUAUAAGCGCCAGCGAUGGACUGCACGUCAGUCAGGCCAUGGUGAUUGUAGCUAUUCAAGAUGUUAACAACCACAAGCCCGUCUUCACAGACUGCGCAUCUUACCACCCGGUAGUAAUGGAGGAUGACCCGCCAAAUACAUUCGUUAUGCAGGUUCACGCUGACGACCAGGACACAGGAGCCAACGGCGAAGUAAUAUACUCCAUCGAGAAGCCCCCUGGCGCGCUUUCUUACUUUGCUAUCGACGCCAAAACAGGCAUCGUCACGACACUACAAUCAUUCGACAGGGAAGAAAAACCAGUAUACCAAAUAAGGAUCAUAGGUCGAGACGGGGGUCUGGGGAGCAGUAGAGGCGCCGAGAGACUCAUGGGAGUUUGCCAAGUGGAUAUACGCAUCGGUGACAAGAACGAUCAUGAUCCUGUCUUCCAGAAUAAACAGUACGAGGCGACCAUCAAGGAGGACUUCGAGGUAGGAAGGUCAGUUCUGCAUGUUAGUGCUACAGAUGCGGAUGCAGGCUCCAACGCUAAGCUGACCUACUCUAUCCAGCCUCAAAAUGACUACUUCGCGAUAGAUAGGGCUACUGGGACCGUAACAAGCAAAAAGAGUCUACUGAGCGAGGCGAAGAGCGAGGGGCAGUCAUCCAGGGUCAUUAGCUUCAAUGUCGUUGCGAAUGAUAACGGGAAUGUUAGCAGGAAGACAGAAACGCUUGUGCGUAUAACAGUACUUGAUCUUGGCAAUGACCCCCCAGUGUUCUCGCAGGGUGUAUACGUUGUCACGGUGAGGGAGGAUAUCGCGAUAGGCUCCUCGCUAAUUCAGCUGUCCGCGUCAACGAAGACUAACAAGUUGAUAUACUAUAGUAUUGUACCGGGUAAUGUUCCCUCCUCUAAUAACCCACCCCGAUUCCAGAUCAGGAUUUCUAAAGGGAUAGUGUGGAAUUCGCAUAGACUUGAUCACAAGGAGACGUCUAAUUUCUCUUUGACAAUUCGCGCCGAGACCACAGACCCCCCCAUGAGCGCGUUCGCGAAUUUAAAGAUCUUUCUAGAAGACGUCAACGACAACCCUCCUGAGUUCGUAAUGCCGAGGUAUCAAGGUCACGUGUCAGAGAAUGCACCAAUCGGGAGCUCCGUCCUCCAGGUGUCCGCCAGGGAUCGUGAUAGCGGCGAAAAUGGGCGUGUCACUUAUAGUUUUGUCCAGGACAAGGAUUCGGACAAGUUUGGUUUGGAUGAAAACACGGGUCUGGUGACAACCAGGGAGGUGUUUGAUCGCGAAGCCCAGGGAAGGUACACGCUAGCGUUAAAAGCGCGCGAUAAUGGCUCCCCGCAGAAAACCACGGAUACAAUUGUCGAGAUUAUCAUUACCGAUGAAAACGAUAACCCGCCAAUCUUUGAAGAAAAGGUUUAUAACAUCUCAGUGCUAGAGAGUGCAGCAUCAGGAAUGGAGUUACUUAAAGUAUCCGCAGUGGAUAGAGACUUUGGUGUAAAUGCCCGAGUUAGUUAUUACAUCAGUGAGGGGAAUAUCAACGGGGCGUUUGAGGUGAAUAGGGAAUUCGGCACGAUACGCCUCGCAGGGACGCUAGACCGUGAAAAAGUGGACCACUAUAAGUUGACGCUCACAGCAAAAGACGGCAAGUAUUCAGGAGAAGCUACAGUUAAUGUGUACGUUUUGGACAUCAACGAUAAUAACCCCAAGUUCGAGAAUAGCCAUUAUCGUGUGAACGUGUCCGAAAACCGGCCAGUAGGGACACUUGUGGUAAAGCUGAGGGCCAGCGAUCCUGAUCUUGGUGAGUCUGGGAAGUUUCUUUACGACAUAAGCGGCCAAGGACUAAGUGCAUUCACGAUUAACCCACUUACCGGAGAAAUACGGACAAGAAUCAAGCUGGACCGAGAGUUAAAAGCGAGAUACGACUUUAUUGCCUUCGCCAUCGAUUCCCCCGGGAAAUUAACGCGCAGGACUGGUUCGACUGACGUCACAGUGAUCGUAGGUGACGUUAACGAUAACAAGCCAAGGUUCCCGGAUGAGCCAUAUAUUGGUCACGUUAUGGAAAACCUCAAAGCUGGAGCAAGUGUUAUGACAAUGUCAGCGGUCGAUAUUGAUGACCCGGAUGUUGGUAACAAUGCAGUGAUGACGUAUGCAUUACUGUUCGAUGCGAAUGGGCUAUUUUCGAUCGAUAGGGAUACGGGUGUUAUUCGGACUCGGCGAAUGCUUGAUCGGGAGAAGAGAAGUUCGUAUGAUAUCGUGGUAGCAGCCACCGACGGAGGGGACCCCCCACAGGAAGGAAAGGUCAAGGUCAAGGUUAUCGUGGAUGACGCUAAUGACCAGCACCCGCAGUUCACCAAGCGCGUAUUCGCGGCCAAGAUCUCCGAGAGCGCGGCGCUUGGCUCAACUGUAGCAACCGUCAGCGCUACUGACCGGGAUGAGGGCGUCAACGCCAAACUCAAGUACAGCCUUGAAUAUGAAGCAAAAGAAGAGAGACCUUUCCGUAUCGAUGAAACAACUGGAGAAAUCAUCCUCGCUCUGACUCUUGAUUACGAAACGAAGAGGAACUACAGACUCAAAGUCAAGGUGCGCGACUCAGGCGUGCCGUUGUCGUUCAGUGACACUGCGAGCCUGACGGUGGAAGUGCUGGAUGCUAAUGACCGGGCGCCGAGGUUCGAGCCUCUAUCAUACAGUGCCGUCGUCAGAGAAGACGUGGAUAUUGGAGAGAGACUACUGCGCGUGCGUGCUUUUGACGAGGACACAGGUAUUUACAAGAUCUUCAAAUAUUCCAUCGCCGGGGGUGACCCACAAGGGCAAUUCAAGAUCAACCCGGAUACCGGGGAUUUAUACAUCAAUAAGUCUCUCGACCGGGAGAAGAAUUCCAACCAUAUCUUGACCAUAAGAGCUACUAACAUCGCUCCCCCAUAUUGGUACGGUGAGGCAUCCGUUGGUGUCCAAGUCCUUGACGUUAACGACAACGGACCACAAUUCAAACCGGAAGUCUACAACGUGUUCGUCCCAGAAAACACACCCCCACCUUACGUCAUAGAAAAGCUAGAGGUGACUGACCCGGAUUCGGAUCCACAAAACGGGGGACCAUUCAAGUUCGGGAUAAGGAGCGGAAAUGAGAAAAACCUUUUUGAGCUGACAGAAGACGGCGUAUUGAAGACCCGCGUCACCUUCAACCGCGAGGAGACCGCGAAAUACGAGCUCGUAGUGUGGGCAGAAGACAACGCCAAGCAUCCAGAGAAACCCAUCAAAAGCUUCGCAUCAGUCUUCGUACACGUGCGAGAUCGGAACGAUAAUCAACACGAGGCGGGGUACCUGGAGCUCGUACUGAACGUGCUGGAGGGGAAAUUUGGAGGUGGAAUCAUCGGGAAGGUAUUCGUCAAGGACAUCGACACCGACGACGAGCGUCUGUAUGAACUAAUCGAUAGAGACUCGGAAGCAUUUAGCGUCGAUAGAUUGUCAGGUGCGGUUAUCUCUAAGCCAAAUCCUCCGAGCGGAGAGUUCUCAAUGCGGGUUAAGGUGUCGGACCGAGAUAGCGGUUUUCAACCGCGUGUUAGUACCGUUAAGAUUAUAGUGAAAAAGUUACCGUUGGCUGCGGUGGGAAAGAGCACUGCAAUAAGGCUCAGAGGGAUCUCCAGAGAGACGUUCGUUGCGGGGUAUAUUACGUCAUUUAAGGAAUCCCUCGCGGAGAUUCUACGUACAACUUCUGAGAACGUGGACUUGUUCAGUGUCCAGACGGCUGCAUUGACGUCACAAGUCAUCGAUGUAAGGUUCGCUGCGCACGGUAGCCCGUAUUACUCCCCAGAGAAGAUGAUAGCCCUCAUCAAGGCCAUGCGAAAGAACUUAGAAAAGGCAGCUUACAAGCUCGACUCCAUUGGUGUUGAUCCGUGUGUUCUGGAGCCUUGUGAGCAUAGUAGCUGCCAUGCCCAGCUCAAGGUCCCAGGGACGGUUGAUGUUAUCGGAACUGGUGAGCAGUCCUUCACGUCCAUAAAGGCCGACCUGGUUGCUGUGUGUGACGCGUGUCACGCGGGAAGGCGGAUCGAGAGUCGUUGCUCGGAAGACUUCUGCAAGAAUGGCGGGACUUGUCGAGAGUCGCCCAUAGGCCCCGUGUGUACAUGCCCAACAGGACUUAGUGGAAAACACUGCGAGUUGACAACGCGGAGCUUUCGGUCAGGCGAGUGGGUUUGGCUGCCCCCCUUACGUCAGUGUAGGGUUAGCGCUAUGAGCCUAGAGUUCGCUACAAAAGAACGCAACGGACUACUCCUGUACGGGGGGCCGUCAUCAUAUGUACAGGCCGAUCGUGGCGACGUAUACGAUCACCUGAUUGUGGAGCUGCAAGACGGUCACGUGUUUGUAUCAGUUUGUCUUGGCGACCGUCAUGACGUCUUGCGGAUUGGGGUGACGGGAGGCGCGAUGCUCAACGACGGCGAGUGGCACAUGAUAGAGAUACACAGGGACGAGACGACGGUACGUGUGACUGUGGACCGAUGCCGAGCGUCGAACAUAUCAGAAGGAGUCACGAGGAGCGAGGAUCGGAGCAUGUGCGAGGUGGUGGGACAUAUGAAGAAAAAGAAAUUGAAGUUCCUCAAUCUAAAUGACCCGCUCCAGCUUGGUGGGAUCGCGUCACGUGACCUGCUUUUCCCUGAUCUACGGUUCCACGACUUCAAUGGCUGUAUUCGCAACCUUAUCAACGAAGGACGACUUUACGACCUCAAGAGUCCCUCUCGUCAAAACAACACGCGCGAGGGCUGUGCCACAAUGGACCAGCACUGCAACCCCAACCCAUGCCACGAACAGGCCACCUGCAUUGGAUCAUUGAACGGACAUGUUUGCGAGUGCAACAUGGGUCGUCAUGGUGACACAUGCAAGCACACAACCCAGCCCAUCUCAUACGGUAACCACAGCCAUACGCGCUACAUCCUGAUGAACGAAUUCGAGUACGACCCGCGGGAAACACGUAUUGACCUGCGCGUGCGCACUAGGGAUCUUAACGGAGGGGUGUUGCUACACAGUGAGGGCACUGAGAAGGGGGAGUACAGCACACUCCAGCUUGUGCCCAUGAAAGACCAAAGAAAAAGAGAAAUACUGAUUGUUGUAUACGCUUUCAACACUGGUGACCGUGGCGCGGAGGUGCGAGCGAGUGAUGUUAACGUGGGUGAUGGUAAAUGGUGCUCCAUCCGCGUCAGCAGAUACAGGAACGCCGCAACCCUCACCGUGGAGAAAGACGGGGUGAACUACAUCCACACUAGGUCGACACGAGGCAACCACUCUCUUAUUAUGCUUGAUCCAAUCAUGACGUUCGUGGGAGGCCUUCCAAGAGGGGUCCAUGCUUCCGUAACCACGCGUAGGCUCCGGCGGCGGAACCGUUCAACAUCACGUGAUAACGACUUCAUAGGAUGCAUUGACGAUCUUCUUUUCCAUGGCUACCGGUUACAUCAUAAUGGGACUAAGGCUUUUGCCACAGCUAUAUCAAAAGGCGUUGUUGAAGGCUGCGAGUCCAAUUCAUGCCUGGCCAGCCCCUGCCCAACCUUUCAGUGGUGCUAUGACGCCUGGCGCAUGCACGUCUGCUUGCCACGCCUCUGCGAUAGCUCCCCUUGUCUGAACGGUGGUACAUGCCUCGAAGGUGUCGAUGAAUUGGGCAAUAAUCGAUUCAAUUGCAAGUGCCCCUCUGUUUACCAAGGGAGGACAUGUGAUGUGAGGCGAGCGGUAGUAGCAGCUAAGCCGGGAUCGGUACUCGAAGAUGGACUUAUCAUUGGUCUCUCCAUUCUCCUGGUCUUCCUGGUGGUGGCAAUUUGCAUCGUCAUUGUCUACAUUCGGCGCAGCAAGAAAGACAGCUACGAGGUGAACAUGGAUGAGGAAGAUUUCAAACGUGACAACAUCAUAGACUAUCGCAUUGAUGGCGGCGGCGAGGAAGAUAUCGACGAGCACAUAGCGCGUUUCCGUGACUACCUUCAUUCCCUCGAUGACGUCAGAGACGAAUUCAUCCAAUGUCCGCUCAGGAAAGCCCUUCUCAACUCGUUCCCAGACUCCAUCAAGACCGACAAGUACAGCGAUACCGGGUAUGGAGGCAGCAGCGACGAGAGUCCUUCGUUUAUUUUGCUAACGCCGAUUAAGAGUAAUCGGAAAUCUCCGACGCUGUCCGGAAAGUCGUCCGAGGACGAGUUCUAUGAUUGUCGGGAUUAUCAUUAUGGUCGGGCAAUUGCGGUAUCGCCGACAAAGAUGCGAGGGGAUUAUAAAAGGACUUCGGAUCCGACUGAUGUAAAAACCAAGCGCAACAUGAAUCGGAUGUCAGAUCCGACUAGGAUAACGAUAACGCUUAACCCGUUGAUGGAAAGGCGCCCAGCGCAGUCAUCGAGGCACGACAGAACCAGGGUGACGUACAGGGUGGAGCCGAUGCCGCCAGAGAGCAGCUCUUCAGAUAACGACGAGGGGUUUGCCUCACCGGAAGCUUGCUCACCAAAAACCUCCAAGCAAUGUAUCCCCGAGGAACCGGGGCCGAAGGCUCCAGCUAAACGGAGGAAAUCACCACCUAAAUCUAAAAAGGCGAGAACCAGGGACAACACGGACAAGAAUGAGCCGGUCUAUCCGCAUUACAAGAAGGCGGACGCGGGGUCUUUUCCAGAUGAGGUGUCGGUCCCUCCUGAUAGAGUUCCUGGGCCCGAAUAUCUCGAGGACCAGGAGAAGUUACCCAAUAAAGUCCCUGGACCUGAAUACCCUGGGGACCAGGAGCAACUGCUCCAAAACUGUGCUCCCCCUGCAAUAAAGACUCCUGAGGAAGAAAAAACAGGAGGGGAUUUCGUAACGGAAGAGGAACCGGAAAAGAAAAAGAACAAACCCAAAUACGAUGAUGCCUUCGAAGAGGAGAUUUUCCCACCUAAAGAAGAUAAUAACUCACCAAAAAUGGUGAAACUUUUCCCACCAAAACCGCAAAGGUCAAAUUGUGCUACAAAUCCUUCCAACGAGUGCCUUGAGACAAACUACGAGUUUCCGUUUCCUCCGGAGCCCCUGUCGGCCUCUGAUUUUAUUCCGGACGAUAACGACAGUCCACGAGAGUCGAUAAAUACUCCUGAAGAUCCUACAAAAUGUCUACCAUCCCCGAUCGAUUUCCUUCCGGAAGACUCGACUGACGCUUUUGCAUACGAAGGUGCUGGGUCGCCGACAAUCUCGCUAAGCAGUCUGGGUAGUGAAUCGGAGGAAGAAAUGACGUGGGAGACUGUGGACGACUGUGGUGACCGUUUUCGCAAGUUAGCUCAGAUUUAUGGGAAGCCCCCUUCAGUAACUUUUAAUCCAAAUGAGGAGAUAAUCAAAUAGUCACGCAGGUCAGCGGUUACAUACUGUGGCUGAAGUGUCUUGAUCUGAUGCCUGUAACGCCAGCGUUGCGUGACAAUAAUUUGUACAGCAGGUCAGCGGUUACUUACUGUGGCUGAAUGUCUGAUGCCUUUAAAGCCUCUAAUAAACGCGUGACCUGCAUGUGAUUGCGUGACUAGUUGUGUAGUCGCCACUUGAUUUAAUCUUUGUUUAGCUGUAAAUAAAUACGCUUUCAGACUUUGACAACCCUUCGUUUGAGCUGUCGGAAUAUGACAAAGCGAGUGGUUGAAAAAGAACGUUCUCUUACAAAAUAUCUAGAAAUUUCGAAAUUACAAGCAAAUAUUAUUUAAAUUGAUUUAAUAUUUUUUAUUAUUCGAGUAAAGGUUAGUUAUGAAUGAAUUUAUUUUUGUGGAGGUUGAUUAUUUGAGGAGAAAAGAGGAAACUAAAGAUGCAAAGCUAUUUCUAGGAAAAUAAAAUUUGUAAUGAGGGUAGGAAUAUCAGAGUUUUUGUAUAUAGCAUGCAGGAGACAACAAUGAUAUAGAUAUGGAAUACUAAUAAAUUGCCGAAAAAGUUGGAA